AAAUUUCUUUAGACGGAAAAAUGGCUUGCGAAUGUGAUUGUUGCAAAAAUACUGUUUGUUGCCCAAGUGGUGGUGAUUGCUGUAAAGAUGGAUGCAAGAACUGCAAAUGUGCAAAUUGCAAUUGCUCCAAAGAUUGUGGAGCAACUUGUGGCGCCAAUCAACAAUCCUGUUGUGCCAAGUAGAGAGGGGGCGUUGAUUUAUAGUUAAUUGAAUGAGGGAUAAAUUAAAUAUUUUGGAAAUAAAAAAUAAAAUAUUUGGCAUUAUUGACAUAAAAUAUGUUACUUUUGGAUAAAUUUUGGA